AUGAACUUGCUUGCAAUGUUUAUCUUUACUAAAAUGUCGUCCAGAUAUGAAGUGCAAAGAGAUGGACGAUCUAGAAGUAAAACAGUAGAACGCCGCAAAGACCGCAGACACAGGAGUCGGGAGAGGACAAGGUCGCAGUCACCAAAACCUAAACACAGGUCAAACUCACACUCAUCAAAGAAGUCUAAACAUAGAUCUUCAAGCAGGGAGAGGAAGAAGUCUAAAUCAAAGAAAAAGAAAAAGAGGAGACAUUCUUCUAGCAGUAGCUCAAGUAGUGAUAGUGAUGAAGAAGAGUUAAAAUUACUGCAGAGGUUAGAGGGAGAGCGCCUCAGGAUCAAAGAGGAGAAGAAAAAACAAAAGGAGCAACUGAAAGCCAAUGAAACUCCAGAAGAGAAAAGAGCUCGAAGACUCCGCGAAAAACAGGAGAAGGAGCGCAAGCGGCGCGAGCGUAUGGGAUGGGACAACGAGUACCAAUGCUAUACCAACCAGGACAAUCCCUUCGGAGACUCGGCACUCACCAAUACCUUCGUAUGGGGCAAGAAACUUGCAAAGGAAGGCGUAAAGAAUGUGUCACGGGAUGAAAUCGAGGCACAGAAUAGACAGAAGCAACAAGAAAACAAAAUAGAGUUGGAAAAAGUGAAGCAGCGCCGGCUGGAGCGGGAGGCGGAGCGCGCGGCGCGAGAAGCGGAAGCAGCGCAGGCAGCGCGGGCCCGCGAGGCGAUGCAGUUCCACACGUGGGCGAAGCACGAGGACGCCUUCCACUUGCACCAGGCGCGCCUGCGCUCACAGAUACGAAUACGGGACGGACGAGCUAAACCGAUAGACUUGCUGGCGUGGUACGUCAGUUCGGAGGAGUGCGUGGACGCGUUAGAGAUGCACGAACCUUACACCUAUCUCAAUGGGUUGCAGUCACAGGACCUUGAAGAUUUACUCGAAGACAUCAAGGUGUACAAGGAGCUGGAGAACAACGCGAACGUGGCGUACUGGGAGGACGUGCAAACCAUCGUGCUGGACGAGCUCAACAAGCUGCGGCGUCUGGCCGCGCCCGACGCGCGCCGCGACGGCGUGCACCAGGCCGUCGCCGAUGACGUCACGCAGAUAUUCAAAGGCAAAACGGGUGCACAGCUGGAAGCGCUACAGACUCAGAUCGAGCAGAAGAUCAGCGGCAGAAGAGACGGUGUCGACGUGGGAUACUGGGAGAGUCUUCUCAGCCAACUGAAGGCUCACAUGUCCCGCGCGCGCCUGCGGGACCGUCACCAGAACAACCUGCGGCGCAAGCUGCAGCUGCUGAAGCAGGAGCAGGGCGUGCAGGGCGCCGCCGCGCUCAAGGAGGAACCCGCUGAGACCGGACCAGAAUCUACGGAGCCGGAGCCGCCUCAGGCCUCGGGGUCCCGCGAAGCGGAGGGCGGCGGCACGACGUCGGAGCAGGAGUCGGGCGCGGAGCAGGACGCGUGCACGUCGCUGUACGCGAGCGGGCGCUACUCGCCCGCGCUGCUGGCGCCGGCGCAGCUGGAGCCGGGCACGCUGCUCACGGAGCCGGCCGACGACGCGCAGCGCCUGGCCUACCUGCGCGCGCGCCUGCACGCGCAGCGCGACCGCGUGCGCGACCAGGCUCGCUCGGCGGCGGCUCCGACGGGCGGCGAGGCGCUGGAGCGCGAGGCGAGGCGUGCCAUGGGCGCGUCCAACGACGAGGUGCAGUUCAGCGUCGAGCACGUGCUGCCCGACCAGCCCUGCCUCUGGGCCGACAAGUACCGGCCCAGGAAGCCCCGUUACUUCAACAGAGUCCACACCGGCUUCGAGUGGAACAAGUACAACCAAACUCACUAUGACAUGGACAAUCCUCCACCGAAGAUUGUGCAGGGCUACAAAUUCAACAUCUUCUAUCCAGACCUCAUCGACAAGAAUUCCACACCUGAAUUCUCACUGAAACCGUGUCCGGAGAACCCGGACUUCGCGGUGCUUCGCUUCCACGCGGGCCCCCCGUACGAGGACAUCGCGUUCAAGAUCGUCAACCGCGAGUGGGAGUACUCGUACAAGCGCGGCUUCCGCUGCCACUUCCACAACAACAUCUUCCAGCUCUGGUUCCACUUCAAGAGGUACCGCUACAGGCGGUAG